CGAGCUAAGAGCCAGCUCCAAAAUGGUGCCUCUAAAGAAAAGAUAACCAAGACUGUGAAUAAGCAUACACCAAAAGGCAUGUGAUGUCAUGGAGCCUGAAAUAAACUGCUCCGAAUUGUGUGACAGUUUUCCUGGCCAGGAGCUGGAUCGGAGUCCUCUUCAUAAUCUCUGCAGGACAAUUACCUCUUCCCACUAUAGCAGCAAGGCCAUUUCUUCAUUAUCUCCUGUCCUCUUGGGUAUUGUCUGGACCUUUCUUAGCUGUGGACUUCUUCUGAUAGUCUUCUUUCUUGGCUUCACAAUUCGCUGCAGGAAUAACAGGAUUGUGAAGAUGUCCAGUCCCAAUCUGAACAUUGUGACCUUACUCGGCAGUUGUCUGACUUACAGUAGUGUUUACCUCUUUGGGAUUCAAGAUCGAGAUGCUUUAGUGGGAGGCUCAAUGGAAACUCUCAUUCAGAUAAGAUUAUCCUUGCUGUGCAUUGGGACCUCCCUUGUGUUUGGCCCCAUUCUUGGGAAGAGUUGGCGACUCUACAAGGUGUUUACCCAGAGGGUCCCGGACAAGAGAGUGAUAAUUAAAGACCUGCAGCUACUGGGAUUGGUGGCAGCCCUGGUGAUAGCAGAUGUGAUCCUGCUUGUGACAUGGGUGCUGACUGAUCCCAUCCAGUGCCUCCAGAUUCUCGGUGUCAGUAUGACGGUGACAGGGAGAGACGUAUCCUGCUCUCUGACCAGCACACACUUCUGUGCUUCCCGGUACUCUGAUGUCUGGAUUGCUCUUGUUUUGGUAUGCAAGGGUCUGCUGCUGCUCUAUGGUGCCUACCUGGCUGGCCUGACUGACCACGUCAGCUCUCCUCCUGUGAAUCAGUCUUUAACCAUCAUGGUUGGGGUCAACCUCAUAGUCGUGGCCACUGGGCUUCUGUUUGUGGUCACCAGAUACUUGCACUCCUGGCCCAACCUGGUCUUUGGACUGACAUCUGGCGGUAUCUUUGUUUGCACGACCACAAUCAACUGCUUCAUCUUCAUUCCGCAGCUGAAGCAGUGGAAGGCAUUUGAAGAGGAAAACCAAACAAUCAGACGCAUGGCCAAAUAUUUCAGCACUCCCAGCAAAAGCUUCCAUACCCAGUAUGGUGAGGAGCAGAACUGCCACGCUAGAGGAGAGAAAAACUCCAUGGACAGACUCCUCACAGAAAAAAAUGCUAUGAUUGAAAGCCUGCAGGAACAAGUGAACAACGCCAAAGAAAAGCUAGUGAGGUUGAUGUCAGCUGAGUGCACAUUUGAUCCCCCAGAGUGGGCUGUCCCUCCCACCUCUUCCCACAGCCAGAACAGCCUGGCUGCAGCCUCUGCCCACAGCCUGGCAGCUCAAGGACCUUCAGAAUGCCUCUCUGACUCUCAGAAUGAUACCAGUGUGGUUGCCCAGGAUUCCCAGAGCACCUCAGUGCCCUCCUCAAGUGUGCACAGCCUAGAGGGGGCUGUGAAGGACACCAGCUCCUCCUCAGGACAGAAGGAAAAAAUUUCUAACUUCAAAGACUUUUCUGGCCAUUUAAAUGUGGGCUGCAGCCAGAAGCCAGAGCCUGAGCAAAGCCAAGGUGCAGAAAGGAGAGACCAAGAACCCAUGAAACCCCACCAGAGUCUCAUACUAUGUGGAGAAGGCCCUGUUCCCCAGAGACAGGGGCAGCUGGAGAACUCAAAGGAGCCGCAAAAGCGGCUCUCAAGAGUCAAUUCAGUGAUCAGGGAGAAGCUUCAGGAAGUCCUGCAAGAUCUGGGACUGGACCCUGAGGCUCCCCUCCCCUCUUCCCCAUCCUAUACACAGCAACCCUGGAAGAGCCCCCAGAAAAUUCCACUCUCCAGGGAGCUGGGCUUCAGCCCAUUCAUGGUGAGAAGAAGGCGGGCAGCACUGCGGGCUCGCUCACACUUUCCAGGCUCUAUACCCUCAUAUGUGGGGCAUCGGGCAAAGAGAACUGUAUCUGGGGCACAUGGUGGGCUAAGUGUGCAGAAUAAGGACAGUUCCUGCCUGGAUCCCCAAACUUCUGGUACCAGGGCACCAAAACCCUCUUCCAGGAAGCCUUCACUGUUCCCAGAUUCUCAAGGCAAGCUGGGCACCCUGGAGGGCAGCAAACAAAGCCAGACAGAGCUCCAGGGUACCAGAGGGAGCCAGGCAGCCCUUGCUCACCAGCCUUAUGGCUCUGACCAAGCACAGUGUCUGGCUACCCCACACCUAUCCAGAGCUUCACCAGACAUGCCUGAGCAGCGGCAGCUGCUGCCCCUGGGAUUCCCGAGCUGUCCAUCCAUGUCUUCUCCAUGCAACUACCUUGACACUGAGUCCAGCAGUUCAGACGAGUUCUUCUGCUGCUGCCACCGGCCCUACUGUGAAAUCUGCUUCCAGAGCUCCUCUGAUUCCAGUGACAGUGGCUCAUCAGACAGUGACCCUGACCCUGCUGGGGGGCUGGCUUCCUGGGAGAAAUUGUGGGCCCACUCAAAGCCUAUUGUGAACUUCAAAGAGGACUUGAAACCCACACUGGUGUGAAAAGCAGCAGAGUGGUCUGGAUAUUGAGGUCAGUCCAAGACAAGCCGUACCAAGGCCUAUAGGAGGAAAGCCAGUUCUGGCCUUCAGGGAACAGACCAGUGCCCUGAACUGAUCAAGCCUUUACCAUGUUUCAACUAUGCUCACUUGAGCACUGUGUUACCUUGAGCACCUCUUGAUCUAUCAAAAGAGGGAGAUUGCCUGUCUUGUUACUACCUCACAGCAUUCCUAUAAAAGACUCUAGUUCAGUGACCAUAAAAGGUCACUUUUGAUAAAAGGUGCUAAGUGAGCACAGAGCGUUUUCUGGCCUGAUCAGCUUGUAUUCUACAAAACUCUUAAUAUAUACCAGAUGGAUGACUAUAUGGACAUACAGAUGGAGAGAUGGAAGGAAGAUUUCUGCAGAACCAGAGUUGUAGACAGUGACCCAUCAAACUGGCCUUUUGAUGGACAGGCCUUCUAGGAAGAUAAGUCUCUUACAUUCUUGGGUGCUCAGUCUUAGCAGGGAAUGGUUUUACUUCUCCUGAAGUUUGUGAACACCACCACCCCUAAUUUCCAACUUCUGGCCAGCCUCAGUUCAGAGCUUUACACUACUAUUUGGUGUACAUGUCUUUCCACCAUUAUGGCACCUCCGCAUCAUCCCUGAGACUCUCAGGUCUCCAUGGGCCCAUAGGCUACCCAGAUCUCACUCCUGAGCUCAGAUGACACCAGAGGCCCAGACUGUCUCCUGGUCCCUGUGGCCCUUACCUUUGACUCUACCAGGGGUACAGUUUUGUGCUGGGGGUGGGAGAGCACACACUGACAGUUUCUGAUAGGGUAGGAGAGGUCCUGUUUGUCACGGUGUUUUGAGGGCCAUUGGAAUUACAUGACCACCAACAGUGACAUAAACCGGGAAAUAGAAGAUGGGGAAAUACAAAGGAAGACAUGGGGGAGAAGGCAGGAAAGAAAAUAGGUUUUGAAUAUUUAACUUGAGUAUGGCAUGGUCCUCGGCAAUAUAAAAUUUUAGUAAUUCCUUAUGAUAACCCUGUGAAGGACACACUCUCGUUCCCAUUACAUAGAUGGGGAAUUUGUGGCUUAGAAAACUGAGGUCACUUCCCCAGAUGUCACACUACUAGAGAGUGGCUCAUGCAGUCCCAUAGUUCAUGGGACUCCAGGUGGGUAGAUUUCCCUGAGGACACAUCUCUUCACUUAUUUUCCUGGGAGUGGCCGGCAGGGCUUGGCAGGCCAGACCAGAAAGCAGGGUAGUGUAAGGAAGCUGAGAGAUCCUCACCCUGCAGUUCCAGAUAAAAUGCAGUUCCUGGCCUCAGGUAGCAGCCCUCCUUUUCCUCACUGCCCCAAGGGCCCACCCACACCUCCCAAGGGAGCCAGGGAGUUGCUGAAGAAUGAGUGCCAGGAACUUAACUGCCACCAGUGCCACAGAUAUAGCACGAGUGUGUCUACUGCUUUAAGCGAUUGUUGUUUACCGUCCGUCCCCUGCCCCCACCCCCUGUGUGUCCAUCUUUGUGUAUAUACAUUUGUGUGCAGGAGUUCAGGCCUCAUUAGAAAAGUUUGGAUCAGGGGCUUUUGGCUCCCAAUCUCUCCCAGAAGAUUUAUCCUGAAUGCUCAGGGCUGCCGACACCUCGUGAAUCUCCAGACACUGGACUGGGAAGCCCUCCUGAUAACACAGAUUCCUCUAACAUUUACUUUUAAAUACAAAUGUCAUAACUUAUUCUGUGUGUGGGUUUGUAGCUUCCAUUUAUUUCUGUUUGUAUGCUGUUCAAGUGACCCCUUAAUAAACAAGAAAUGGCUCCCAAA